AUGCUCUGGGCGUUUUGGCCAGGAUGGCUGGCAGGCAGGGGUCUGCCCCUCCUAGGGGCAGUGCUACUGCGGAAGAGAGAGAAGACGGGACCUCAGUGGAAGAACAGGCAGAGGGAAACCCACCCAUACUACAACCUCCAGGUGAAGGUGCUGAAGGCCAGGAAUAUCGUGGGCACAGACUUCCUGUCCAAAGCUGACUGCUACGUGCAACUCUGGCUGCCAACAGCAUCGCCUACCCCUGUACAGACAAAGACCGUGGCCAACUGCAGUGACCCCGAGUGGAACGAGACUUUCCACUACCUGGUCCACAGUGCUGUGAAGAACGUCCUGGAGCUCACCCUCUAUGACAAGGAUGUCCUACGCAGUGACCGGCUCUUCUUGGACCUGUUUGACCUGAGGAGCCUCAAACCUGGCCAGCCUAUGAGGCGCACUUUCUCACUAGACCAGGCCACACAAGAGCUGCAGGUGGAAUUUGUUCUGGAGGAAAGCCAGGUGCCAGCCUCUGAAGUCAUCACCAAUGGGGUCCUGGUGGCUCAGCCAUGUCUGAGAAUCCAGGGCACAAUUGGGGAACAUGGGACAGCCACACAUCAAAAGUUUGGCCAGCGGCAGAUCCAGCUGGCAGUGCCAGGAGCCUAUGAGAAGCCACAGCUCUUACCUCUGCAGCCUCUUGUGGAACAGGGCUCCCUACCCACCUUCACCUUCCACAUGAACCCAGUGGUAAGCUCCAGGCUGGAUGUAGAGCUGAUAGAGAAGCUCAAGGUCCUGCAGAGCAGCCUGGGAGUUGAACUGGAGACCCAGGUCAACAAGCUGGGUGAGGGGAGCAUUCAACCCUCCUCUUUGCCUCUAGGCCAGGAGGAGCAGUGCCUCGUGGCCCUGGGGGAGGGCCAGGAGGUGGCUCUGAAAAUAAAGGCAGAAAUAAGCUCUAGGGACCUCGACCUGCGCCUUGGCUUUGGCCUCUGUGAUGGGGAGCAGGAGUUUCUGGACAAGAGGAAGCAGGUUGUAUCCAAGGGCCUGCAGCAAGUGCUGGGAUUGAGUGAGGCUCCUAACCCCAACCAGGUGCCCGUGGUGGCUGUGCUGGGUUCUGGGGGUGGCAUCCGAGCCAUGUCUUCCCUGUAUGGCUGCCUGGCGGGGCUGCAGGAGCUGGGCCUCCUGGAAACCAUAACCUAUCUGAGUGGUGUUUCUGGGUCCACCUGGUGCAUGUCCACACUCUACAAUGACCCAGACUGGUCCCAGGUGACCUUGCAGGAGCCCAUUGCCCGUGCCCAGGCCCGAGUCUGCAGCAGCAAGAAGGGAGCCAUGUCUAGAGAGCAGAUUCAAUAUUAUAUCAAGGAACUGAAGGCCCGGGAAAGCAGCAGCCACAGCAUUUCCCUCGUGGAUCUGUGGGGGCUCUUCAUUGAAUAUUUCUUGUACCAGCAGGAGAACCCAGUCAGGCUGUCGGACCAGCAAGAGGCAGUCAGUCGGGGUCAGAAUCCUUACCCCAUUUACGCCAGUAUCAAUGUCCGCACUGACAUCAGUGGGGAAGACUUUUCAGAGUGGUGUGAGUUCACUCCCUAUGAGGUUGGUUUCCCCAAGUACGGGGCUUACGUCCCCACUGAGCUCUUCGGCUCUGAGUUCUUCAUGGGGCGGCUGAUGCAGUUCCAUCCUGAGCCCCGGAUCUGCUUCCUGCAGGGUGUGUGGGGCAGCGCCUUCACCGCCAGCCUCCAGGAGAUCUUUCUGAAGAACGGCUGGGGCCUUGGCUUCCUGGAGUGGCUCAGCGGCAGCGUGAACAGCACAGACGACUACAGGAAGCUCCAGCCACAUGACUCCCUGAAGCCACAGGACCCUUUACAGCCACACACGAAGCUCUUCACCACCCAGGGACCCUUUUCCCAAUUCAUCCAGGACAUACUCACAUCUCGCAUUAUCUUCCCGGAGAAUUUUAACUUCACACGGGGCCUCUGCCUGCACAAGGACUAUGUGACUUGCAGGGAGUUUGUGGCCUGGAAAGACUCACACCUGGAUGCCCAUCCCAACCAGCUCACCCCCAUGAUGGAGUGCCUGUCCCUGGUGGAUGGAGGGUUUGCCAUCAACUCUCCAUUCCCACUGACGCUGCUGCCUCAGAGGGGUGUGGAUCUCAUCCUGUCCUUUGACUUUUCCUUGGAAGCUCCUUUUGAGAUCUUACAGAUGACGGAGAAGUAUUGCCUGGACCGGGGAAUCCCCUUCCCCAGGAUUGAGAUCCAGCCAGAGGAUUUGAAGGAUCCCCAAGAGUGCUAUUUGUUUACUGAGGCCGAGGACCCCUGCUCACCCAUUGUGCUGCACUUUCCUCUUGUCAACCGCAGCUUUCGCACACACCUGGCCCCAGGUGUGGAGCGGCAAACAGAGGAAGAGAAGGCCUUCGGAGAUUUUGUCCUCAAUGGGCCAGACACCCCCUACGGCAUGACAGACUUCACCUAUGAGCCUGAAGAGUAUGCUCGGCUGGUGGCCCUGAGUCGCUACAAUGUUCUGAACAACGUGGAGACUGUGCGGCAGGCCCUCCUGCUGGCUCUGGACCGGCAGCAGCAGGCUGUGGAGAGGGCUGGGCCUGAGGAGACUGGGGCCUGA